AUGUCAGACUCAACCCUCUACCUCUACACUUCCCUGACCGCGGGGUCAUCGCACAUCGUUACCGCGACCGCCCGAAUCGAGACAAUCCUCAAAGCGAACAAGCUCCCCUUCCGCGCCAUUGAUGUCGCCACCGACGAAGCCGCCCGUAAGCUGUGGGGCCGACGCUCCAAGGGCAAGAAGCUUCCAGGAUUGGUGAAAUACGGCGAUAUUGUGGGAGAUCUGGAGCAGAUCGAAGAAUGGAACGAGUUCGGAGAAUUACGUAUGGUAGUAAACAGCGUGCAGGACCUGGGCGGAAUGCCCGCCACCAGCAAUCCUAUCCCAGCAGCGACAGAGACCAAAACCGAGCCCACGCCCACCACCCCCAAACCCUCUACGAUCAAGAUCCAAACCCCUCCCGUUACCAAGCCCGAAGAGAAGAAGGAUGAUACGGCCGUGCUAGCUCUGCGCCAGGCUAGCUCUGAGGCUGCCUCGAAAGCGAAGACCAAGACAGACGAUAAGAAAGAAUCGAAAGAACAGGAUACAGAGGUACCUGUUUCCAACCGCGCACACCGUGGCUCGGUCGCCCCCGAAUUGCCAGACGCCGCACCGGAUUCACCCCAGACCAUGAAACGCCCGAGCCUAGUCCCCGAACAAGCGGCCGUAUCAUCGGCAAACUUCCACGCGGAUAAUGCAGAGGUGCUCGGAUUGGUUGGACACCAUCGCUCGUCCGGGGUGUCGUCACUCGAGAACGCGGAUCAGGAACAGGCAGUGCGCGAGAUUAGGAAGUCCGUCUCUGCGGAGCCUACGGGCGAUCUUGAUGCUCUGCGUAAAGAGGCUGCGAAUAAGGCGAAGACCGAGUCGAUUGAGGAGGUACCGAGUCCGAUCGACGAUGUGGCUGUGGAGAAUAAGGAAGCGCUUAUGGAACCCAAUGAGCCUAAGGGCAAUGCUAUUGCUGAAGUGAUUGCGACGGCUGUGGCGCCUCAAGAGAUCAAGUCGGAGCCUAAGAAGGAGGAGACUACCGGUGCCAAGGAGACGGAAGAUGCGAAGGAUGAUACCAAGGCAGGGCUGGCUCCCGCAGGCAAGUCGGCGGAGUAG